UCUCGACACUCGGGAAUCGUCUCGAGAUCGUCGCUUAUAAAAAUGUGUCGUUCAAGUGUCUAGUGAUUUUAUUUUCAUUAGUGAAAUUAUUGAAAAAUUUUGUGUGUGAAUAAAUGAAAGGAAAUUGUUUCACUAGGAAUUGUGAAAAUUGUAUUGUAAUUUGAAUUUUUUAAUGACCAUUUUUUCGUCGCCGGAAGCUUUGCGAAAAAAAUUCCUAUUAAAUAGAUAUCCCAAAAAACGUGUGCUCAAGUCGUAUAUUAUUAAACUCAAUAAGCGGAAACGAACGAUUGGGCGAGAAUCAAAUUCAACGAAUGAAUUUAUAAUCUAGCGUAUUUUCUUGUCACGACGGUUCAAACGCAGAAGAAGAACUCAAAAAUCGAAAUCGAAUUUUAAGCUUUCCUGCACGUUAUAUUCAUUUAUACAAAGAAGAAGAAAUAUUGGCAUCGACCCAAGGAUAUUCCUUACAGGAUAUAUAAUACCUAUCGGCAGGUGUACUUGGGCACAUGCAGCGUUUAAAGGUUUUCUCUCGACAUGCUCUCGGUACGCCGUGCACAUCUAUCUUCGCCGAUUAUCAGAUCGUUACAGUUUUAAUGUAGCUUUCCAACAGUGCGUGUGCGUGUGUGUGUUUGUGCGCGCUUCACGUGUACAUCGUAUAGGAAAAUUAAUAGCGCGAAACAAUAAGCAACGAGCCUUAUUAACAAAGGCAACGAAGGAGCCAGAGAAAAGGAUUAAAAUCCAGCAUGGUGUUCUUCAAGCAAAAAAAAGGAGAUCGUCGCCUGUUGGCCAAAAGCAACGAAGUCCGUAAGGCCCAAAUCAACAAGAUCGCGCAAUACGAUAAUGCGGCUUACAUACAGAGCAGGGACGCGCUGGCUAAUGUCAACGUGAGUCAGGACAGCGAUGCGCCGACAGCUAGCCCGGAGCCACCGCGUCACGGCGUCGACUUGAUCUAUCUCGACGCCUACUUGGGAGAUGCGUGGCUCAAGUCAACCGUACGUCAGCCGGAAGAACGAAAGGAAGAACCGCCUCGACACGCCGAGCCCGUCUGCUCGUCGAUCGUCGAGACCGUGUGCGAGGUCAAUCGGCAAUUGGAGCCUGCCUGGAGCCCCGAAUCUCGGGAGCUUCUGCUGCUUUUGCGCGGCCGACACCUGCGAGCUCUGCUCGACGUGCACGAUCAAGUGGUGGCUAGCCGGGCGCUGCGCAAGCCCGUCGAGGCGGACGACGAGCGACCACUGCUGCUGGCCAUGCCGAGCACCGAGGCAGCCCAGGCCGUCAGAGUCGUCGGGCUCAACAGGCAUCCCGAUCAGCCUUUGGGCCUGACGAUUCAAGUGGACGAGAAUGGCAACAUGAUAAUAGCCCGAAUUUUGGGCGGCAGCACGGCCGCGCGACAGGGCCUGCUCAGACCUGGCGAGGUCAUACUCGAGGUCAACGGCAAGCCUGUCCACGAUCCGGACGAGCUGCAGCAGGCCAUCGCCCAAGCCAAGGAGAAUCUCUCGCUGAAACUCGCGCCUGGCAUCGCGUCCGAUGGCUCGUCGCCCAUCAAAUCUACCGAAACAGAAUGCAAGUGCUACAUGCGCGCACUCUUCGACUACGAUCCAACGGAGGAUACCUUGCUACCGUGUCGUGAAAUUGGCUUGGCAUUUUCCAAGGGCGACAUCAUACAGAUCGUCGACCAGACCGAUCCCAAUUGGUGGCAGGCGCGGCGCAUCGAGGGCGAGACCCUCGGCCCGCCCGGCCUGAUACCGUCGCUCGAGCUCGAGGAGCGCCGCAAGGCCUUCGUGCCGCGCGAGGCCGACUUCGUGCACAAGAUCGGCAUCUGCGGCAAGCGCACCUCCAUGAAGAAGAAGCGAAAGAUGUACCAGUCGAAGAGCAACAACGAGUUCGACGACGCCGAGCUGCUGCUGUACGAGGAGGUCACGCGCAUGCCACCGUUCAGGCGCAAGACCCUGGCGCUCGUAGGGCCGCGCAGCGUCGGCCGUAGGACCCUCAAGAACCGCCUCAUCAACAGCGAUCCCGAGAAAUUCGGGACGAUCGUGCCUUACACUUCGCGACCGCCACGCGUACUGGAGGAGAACGGCAAGGGUUACUGGUUCACCGAUCGCGACUCCAUGGAGCAGGACAUACGCGAACAUCGCUAUCUCGAGUUCGGCGAGCACGGCGGAAAUCUCUACGGCACGAAGCUCGACUCGGUGCGCGAGGUAAUACGCGCCGGCAAGAUGUGCGUGCUCGACUGCAGCCCCCCGGCCCUCAAGAUUCUCCGAAACAGCACCGAGUUCAUGCCCUACGUUAUAUUCAUCGCCGCGCCCGGUAUGCAGCAGCUCAAGUCGCUCUACGAUCUUGGCAGGUCGACCGGGGCGAGCAAUAGGAAUUUGACGUUUGAUCGCCAGAGCAGUAUCAGGUAUAGUUCAAGACGUGCAAGAACAUUGGAAUCAUUGGCAUCACUUUACGAGGAGGACGAUUUACGAUCAACGGUAGAAGAAUCGGCGGCUUUACAACGUGCCUACGAAAAGCACAUUGACCUUAUCAUUGUUAACGAGGACUUUGAUGAUACCUUCCGCCAAAUUGUGGCAGCUCUCGACGCACUUGCCAGCGAGCAUCAAUGGGUACCGGUCAAUUGGAUUUAUUAGACGCGACUCGAAAAUGUUCACCGAUUAUCGAUAUUUAUAAUUUUAAUAUAUAUUACAAACAGAAAUUUGCAUGUUAGUCGUUGAUAGUGCACUUUGAAAAUUUUGAAGUACCUAACGUAAACGACGUAGCACUUUAUCGAAAGCGAUGUUUGCCGUAAAAUUUUAUUAUAUAAAUCGAAGUUUGCACAAUCGAAAGAUAAAAGAAAAGACAACUAAAUAACCACGCACAAGCAGUUGACAAUUUUUUCGAAAUAAGCUUUUUUUAUUUCGAUUGUCAUUUUAGCUAAUAAAUCGAGAGGCAAACAAAAAUUGUAUUGAUAAACAGAGUUUUAUUUUAUCUGUUUGUAUCAGAGCGCCGUCCAUUGAUUGUAGGAAUUAAGUUUGCCGAUAUUUAUUAUUAUAAUAUUAUUAGUAUUGUAAUUUUAGGAUAGAGAAAUGUAAAAGCUCAGGUGACAUUUCACUCUUGCGAAUGUAUUAAUACUGUAUUGUUUUAGACAAAGCUUGUAUAGGUAAAAGAUUAACGAUCUUGUUUGUACACUAUUUAUAUAAAUAUCCAAUUUGUACCAGCACAAUUGAGCCUACCAUCUAAAAGCCUAUUAGAUAAGAGUGGGUGUUAUUUUUUGUCGUGAAUUUUAAUAGGAAAUUGGAAAUUUCACUUUGUCAUUUAUACUUAGUAUAGAGAUGACCAGGAUUUGUAGUAGAUCAAUUCAUUGAGUGUAUAACACGAGAAAAAUAAAUGCACAGGCACGCAUGUAAAUAUAUAUUUUUUAACAAUUUUUCGCUCAUCUUUGAAGAUGAGAACAUUUUUAAAAAGCACAAGGAUUCAUAUGAUAAAAUUAGUACAGAAUGUACACAAACUAAUUUACACAACUACUUACAUUAUACAAAAAGUAACGAAACUAGAUUGUAUAUUCAGGCAGUAAGAUGAAAAAAAAUAAAAUUUAUAAUAUCUU